AUGAAAAUCACACUCAGUCCGUUGAUCAGGUAUCCAAGCUUGCGUAGCUUGAAUGUAGAACCUCUGAUUUUGCGCCGUUUGUUGAGCAUGGACGAGAGAAUCGGGAUGCCAUUCGCAGCGUUCAGGGCAACAACAGCACAGCCGACAAACGCAUUGAAUGCGGUUCCUGAAACCAUCGAAAACGAUCCCAACAUGAACGAAACACCCACAGACAACAGGAGAGCGUUUUUCGGGACGAUCUCCUCGUCGGCCAUGAGAGCCGAUAGUAGCAAAUGUAGAGGAUCCGACAAUCAAAAUGACCAACACAAACGAAACCAAGAACGAUUUUGUGGACAGCUUGAAAGCAAUGUCGAUAGGGAAGAUGUCUGGGUUGUCGUCCAGAAGCAGCUGCAGAUCGGGCAGGAUACUCAAGAUCGGGAUGAUAAAAAUGAGACCGGUCAGACUGCUAACGAGAACGGAAACCAGCAGACCCUGAGGAAUCGUUUUUUCUGGGGUUUUGACUUCCUCACUCAUCGAAACGAUCAUUCCAUAUCCGUUGAAGGUGAGCGAGGAGAACUGGAUUCCUCCGAUGAAGAAUGCGAGCACCGCAGGCCAGCCGCUGCGGGAUGCGUCAAAGUUGGUGAGGAUGUGUUUGAUAUCGUGGAAGUCGGAGCUGAAUAG